UUCAAAAAGUAGAUCGACCGGUGAUGAAUGAGAUCCUGUAUACAGAAACAGUUUACUCGAGACAGACGUCUCGAUUCGCAUAGUUGUCACUCUCACACCCUCAUAACCUAUCAGCUUGUCUACGAACAGCUGAUCGUAAGUGACGAUUCGUAUCGAUCUGAUGCUUUCCGAAAUUGUCAAAGCUCGUGUACAUACGUAAUUCAGCAAUGAGCUGAUACCUUCGGUACUCUUUGACAAGUGUCAAAAAAAGGGAUUAUCCGCAAAAUGUCUAUCAAUAUAGACAUAAAAUUGAAACGCGCGAGUAAAAUAUAUCACGAAGGGGAGGUAGUUGCUGGCCUGAUACAGUUAAAAACUAACUCAGACGUGAAGCACGAUGGUAUAUUUCUCACCAUGGAAGGUUCGGUGAAUUUGCAGCUUAGCUCCAAGAACGUCGGUAUUUUCGAAGCAUUUUAUAAUUCCGUUAAACCGAUACAAUUAGUACAAUAUACGCUAGAUGUUGCUCCAUCUGGAAAAAUUCCCAGUGGUAAGACGGAAAUACCAUUCGAAUUGCCAUUAAAGCCAAGAGGAAACAAAUCUCUUUACGAAACGUAUCAUGGUGUUUUUGUGAAUAUACAAUACUUGAUACGCUGUGAUAUAAAAAGAAGCUUCCUUGCAAAAGAUGUCAGCAAGUCAUUGGAAUUUAUAGUAGAGGAUAAAGCAAGUGCUAAAGUGGAGAAGGAUCAUAGUAAGAUUGUAUUCUUCAAAAUAAUGCCGGAGUCUCUGCAAAAUACUCGGGACAGGCCUAAUGUACCAAGAUUUUGCAUUUCGGGAAGAUUAGACUCUUUGUAUUGCAAACUCUCUGAACCUCUGACAGGAGAAGUAGUGAUCGAACAGUGUGAGGCUGUUAUAAAAUCUAUAGAAUUACAAUUAGUGAGGGUGGAAACUUGUGGAUGUGCAGAAGGAUACUCUAGAGAUGCGACGGAGAUACAAAAUAUACAAAUCGGGGAGGGCAAUGCUUGCACAAAUCUUGCUAUACCAAUCUACAUGAUAUUUCCAAGAUUAUUUACAUGCCCCACUUUAAGCACAAGCAACUUCAAAGUUGAAUUUGAAGUAAACCUUAUCGUUGUGUUUGAAGAUGAUUAUUUGGUCACUGAGAAUUUUCCUAUCAUACUCUCACGAUACUAAAAGUUAUGGAAAUAAAAACAUUUUGUAUAAAACAGUAUGUUCGUAUAUAUACAUCUUUAGCAUAAA